ACUCAGCCCAGUGAGGCCGUGGCCACUCCCUCAACCAGCACAAGUGGCAGAGGGCCUAGAUGACCACUGAGCCCUCGGAAGAGGCCGGAGCCGCCAGCAUCCCCACACCGGGUGACGUGGCCGACAGCGGAUCUACGGAUAGCCCAACAGGAAGUUCCCAAAGUCAGGUCCCCCUCAUUGCAAACGUCUCGGUGGCUAGCAGCGCUGCAGCGCCAGCCGAACGGCAGGAUGUAGAGCAGGCCCCUAUCGAGUCAGCCACCUCUGAGGCCACAUCAGCGUCUGGGGACAAAGACGAGCAUGAAGCUGCUGCAGGGCAUGACCAGGAGCCCAAGGAGGCCACUGCGCUGCUUGCCCGCCCAGCCCCAGAAGCUCUGCAAAUAUCUGUAAGCCCCCAGAACGCAGGAUGGGGUGGGCUGGUGCAAAAUUUGAGGAUGACUAAGAGUUCCAGGGCUUUCCAACAUGACUCCCUGGGGAAGGAAAAGACACCACAAAUGGCAAGUAUCCCACACAGGGAGCAGGAACUAUCUCCAACGACCCCAAGUGCUCAGGUAUGGGCCCCCCAAAAUGUGGAGGCUCAGCCCGCUGUGAGCACUGCAGACGCCUUUGACCAGCUUGACACUGGGGCCUCUGGUGUCACUGAAGCUGUCAAGGAGAAACCUGAUGGUCCGAAGGCCUUGAACGCUGACACUGAGGCUUUGCCAUCAGCCAAGUCCCACACAGUGACUGAGGACGACUUGGUGGCCCGCUCAGGAGACCUGCAGCCUGGGCUGUUGCCUCCCUCCCCAGGAGGCAGUGCCCCACCCUCGCCUGCCCCUCAUGUGGUGGCCCUGGGGAGGAGGCCCCUGGACUCCAGCCUGUAUACAGCCAGCGAGGAGAACAACUACAUGCGCUCCAUGACCAGCUUGCUGGGUGGGGGCGAGGGAUCCAUCAGCUCCCUGGCAGACAUCCUGGUGUGGUCUGAGACCACCAUGGGCAUGGCCACAGGCUUCCUGGCCUCCGGCCGUGGCUCUGUGACAGACCUGCUGUACAGCACAGGGCCCAGCCUGCGCUCCAUCUCCAGCAUCCUGGGGAAUGCCAGCGCAGCCUUCUCCUCCGGGCUGGUGGCGGGGACCAGCUCAGCCCUGCGCUCCAUCACCCACAUGCUGGAGAGGGUGGAGCAAAGGACGGUCGAGGGCAUCCACUCGGCUGUGCGCUACCUGACCAGCCACCUCACCCCACACUGGGCCCAGGCCGGCCCCAACUGCAGCUAGACCCUGCGCUGGAGGGGUCGGGCUCAGCAGCCUCUGAGACCCCAGGGACCCUUAGGCCCUGCUCCCUUGCCCCCCCUACCCUGGACGGCUCUCCCCAGACCAGGCAAUAAAUCAGCGGCAAGA